CAUUGAUAAUAAAUGUUUAAAAAUGUAUCAUAGUAAAAUUAUUGGCCGCUCGUUAAUAUGGCCAAACUAUUUGCAGUUUUCAAAACUAUUCGAAACAAUUGGAAAAAGUCUGUGUUCUUCACUGCCGUUCUUUCAUAUGGUGCACAUUUUGCCAACGACAAAUAUGAGACCCAUAUGUUUAUGUCAAAAUGCUGUAGGACGGUUUCGGCGUAUGGAGAUAUGUCAUUAUCAGUUGACAAGAAACCUAAAAAAGUUACAGUUAUAUUAAAUCCAGCUGCUAAUAAAAGAAAUGCUAAAUCAGAUUUUGAAAAAUAUUGUGCUCCUUUAUUACAUUUGGCGGGUUAUUCCGUUACAGUCCUUACAACCGAACGAGAAGGUGGUGCUAGAACUUUAGUAGAGAAUUUAAUUGGUGAAACAGAUGCUCUUAUAGUAGCUGGAGGAGAUGGAACUCUAUCAGAGGUAGUCACUGGAUUGUUAAGACGCCUUAAAGGUGAUACAUCUCUUACAGAACAUUUACCAAUUGGAAUUUUACCUCUUGGAAGAACAAACAAUGUUGCUCAUCGUUUGUUACAACCUCAAGAUAAUAAUAGAGUACAUUUUCUUGCUAAUGCAACAAUGACUAUAAUAAAUGAAGUAAAUUCUGCAUAUCCUGUUGUAAAAAUUGAAAAUCUACAGAGUAAAAAUCCAGAAAAAUGUGUUUAUGCUUUGAAUAAUAUUGAAUGGGGGUCAAUGAGAGAAGUGAAAGUAGCCCGUGAUCAUUAUUGGUAUUUUGGAAAACUUAGAGAUUUUGCUGCUUAUGUUUUUGGUAACAGUUUGCUCAACUAUACAAUUUAUGCUGAAUUAGAGUAUAGCCCACCGUGUUCUGGUUGCAGUAACUGUUACAUAAAAAAAAGUAAUGAAUCAUCAAAUUUAUUUUCUUGGCUAAGUUGGGCAUUUUCAUUUAAAAAAAAUCCUGGUGGUAUAGAUUAUUCAAAAAUAAUCAAUCCUGAUUGCAAUAGUUAUACAAAUGCAUCCAUCAAAACUUCAAACGUUAAUAUUAAUUUGGAUACAGAACAGACACCAGUUUUGAAAAUAAAUCUUGGUCCAGAAAAUAUAACUUACAGUGAAUUUAUAAAAGAAGGUUAUUCUAAAUUAAGGGAUGAACCUAGUAAAAUUCAAAAUUCAAUAAUAGAAGCUAAAAGCAUAACAAUAAGACCUCAGAAUGAAGAUGAAGACAAAUGGCUAUCAAUUGAUAAUGAGGAUUAUGAAGUUAAACCAAUGAAGUUGUCACUAUUACCAAAUGCUGUGUAUUUGUUCAAACCAGAUAAUAGAACUAAUCAAAAUCAGUCACAAACAAAAGAAGAUCAAGGACCAAGAUUGUUUCUAGAUAAGUUUAAUAAACAUGUUGGAAUGAAACAAUUUGUUUAAUAUAAUAAUAUUUGCAAGAAUUAAAAUAUUUAUGUACAUGGUCCUUAUACAAU